AUGAUUGACGGAAAAGUCAAAGAUGAAGAGAAACCAGUAAAAUCAGAGUCAAUUGCCAAAGGUCUAGGAUCUAUUCUAACACACGAAAAAACAACAGAAACUCAACUCAUUGAAGAAUUAAUUCCUUCUUCAAGUCAAAUUAAAGAAGAAAAAGAAGAAAAUAAAUUGGAAGAAUUAACAACAAUUUUUGAUCAACAACAACCAAGUACUUCUACAAUAACAACAACGAAACAACAUUUAGAGCCAGAUUAUGAUAUUGAAGCUGCAGCAGAAAUGUUUGCUGCAGCCUUUCCUAAUAGAGAACCUAAAGAUGUUUUGAGAGAACAUGGAAUUACUGACUUAGAGUUGGUUUUGGAUGAGGAAUCUGAGGAGGAAGAAUAUGAAAUUGAAUGUAAAAAUUAUAAAGAAUUUUUAGGAGUCCUUUUGGACUAA